AUGGCCGGCUUCUUGCAGAUGGCCCUGGCCCUCAGGAAAUACCUGAUCAUAGUGCUUGUACCCCUCUUGUUUCUUCCUCUGCCUCUGGCUAUUCCUACCAAGGAGGCCGAAUGUGGUUACGUUAUCAUAGUGAUGGCACUGUUUUGGUGCACAGAAGCCUUGCCGUUGGCUGUCACCGCUCUCUUUCCUGUCCUGCUGUUCCCCGUAAUGAACAUCAUGGAUUCAACAACAGUCUGCAGGGAGUAUCUGAAGGACACCAAUAUGCUUUUUAUUGGAGGACUGCUGAUGGCCAUUGCCAUUGAGAAUUGGCACCUACACAAGCGCGUUGCUCUGCGGGUCUUGCUUACCACCGGUGUCAGACCAGCCCUACUUCUCAUGGGUUUCAUGGUUGUGACCGCCUUCCUGUCGAUGUGGAUCAGCAACACCGCCACCACUGCCAUGAUGGUCCCAAUAGCACAAGCAGUGUUGGAACAGUUGCACAAGUCAGAAAUGGAGUCUAGCACAGCUGGCCAAGGAUCGGAAAAAAUCAAUGAAGCCUUUGAACUGCAAGAAGAGUCAACUAAACCAGACAGCUCCAAAGAAACAGAGAAAAAGGGUAACAGUCACGUCCUGACAAUCGAGGAAGACAGAAAGAGAGAUGAAAGUCUGCUGGAGGAGAAACACAAGAAAUUCUGCAAGGGAAUGUCUCUCUGCAUUUGUUACUCAGCGAGUAUUGGAGGGAUUGCAACUCUGACCGGGACAACACCAAAUCUGGUACUGCAAGGACAAAUUGAUGAGCUCUUUCCUAAAAAUGGUAAUGUCAUCAACUUUGCCUCUUGGUUCUCCUUCGCCUUCCCCACCAUGGUCGUGUUACUGGUUUUGACGUGGAUUUGGCUGCAGAUAUUGUACUUGGGCUUUAAUUUUCGGAAGAAUUUCGGUUGUGCUUCAAAUGCCUCUGCAAAGGCUAAGGAGCAACAGGCCUAUGACAUUAUCAAGGAAGAGAGCAAGAAAUUGGGCCCAAUGAAGUUUGCAGAAAUAGCAGUUUUGAUCCUCUUCAUACUACUGGUACUGCUCUGGUUCCUAAGAGACCCUGGUUUCAUACCAGGUUGGGCAACAGUCCUUUUCAACAAAAAUAAUAGCUAUGUCACUGAUGCUACAGUUGCCAUCUUCAUUUCAGUUUUGUUGUUCGAUAAACUCACCUCCCACCCAGAAGUCUUCCUUUCUUUGGAAGAAGUAACAUGGCUUACGCAAUAUGUUUGGAUUUUAGGCAGCAAGUCAAAAAUCCGAGCACCUCCAGCUCUCUUGGACUGGAAAACAGUUCAUCAGAAAAUGCCAUGGAACAUCGUGUUUCUGCUGGGAGGCGGCUUUGCCCUAGCCAAAGGCAGUGAGGAAUCUGGUCUGUCUGCAUGGCUCGGUAGCAAACUGACUCCUCUGCAGCAAAUCCCUCAUCCAGCUAUUGCUCUCCUGUUGUGCCUCCUCAUUGCCACUUUCACCGAGUGCACCAGCAAUGUGGCCACCACCACCCUCUUUCUCCCUAUUCUGGCUUCUAUGGCUGAAGCCAUCUGCCUCAAUCCGCUCUAUGUCAUGCUGCCCUGUACCCUUUCUGCAUCGUUGGCGUUUAUGCUGCCAGUGGCCACUCCUCCUAAUGCCAUUGUCUUCUCAUAUGGACAGCUCAAGGUUAUAGAUAUGGCCAAAGCUGGGUUCAUACUCAACAUCCUAGGGGUUCUGACGAUAACUCUAGCCAUCAACACCUGGGCUUCGUCUUUGUUCCAACUGCAAACUUUCCCAUCUUGGGCAAAUAGGACAGUGGUCAGAGCUGUCCAUGAAACCGUUGUCCACAUUAAUAUGGAACUGCACAGCGUUGAGGAGCAAGCUGUGUGCAAAAGCAGAAGGGGAAUACGGUCCCGGCACAGUUUGCUGUUACGGCACCAGCUCUCCCGGUUGCCUAUCAAGGAGGUCUUUGGCAACCUAAGCAAGCGGUGUUGCGGUAUCGAGAGCUACAACCGGUACUGA